AUGUCUGAAAGUGAUAAAGAAAGGCCCGUGGCUAGACUGGAUAAAGCACAACUAGAUGCUAUCAUGGCUACUCUCAUGAAAGAGAUGGAUAAAAAACUUGAAUUUGUUGGAGCUACUCGUUCUACUAACCCUGUCUUUGGCACAACUUCACAGGUUAGGAGAGCAGCUAGGGAAAAGAGGAGAGGCAAGCGACCUGCAGUAGGAGACGAGUCUGAGGAUGAAGAUACUUCUUCUGGCCGUAGUACUGAUGGAGAACGGUCCGUGGGAUCAGCAAGAUCAGUGAGAACAGGACGUGCAGCCUCCCAAGCAAGAUCCCCUACACGCCAUGCAGCAAGGAACAGACCAGAUGAUAACCUUGGGAGUCUCAAACUUCGAAUACCAGUCUUCAGUGGAACCAGCAAUCCAGAUGCUUAUCUUGAAUGGGAAACGAAGAUUGAGCGAGUGUUUGAUUGCCAGCACUACUCAGAAACAAAGAAGGUGAAGCUUACUGUGACAGAAUUCAGUGGGUAUGCUUUGCAUUGGUGGGAUCAGAUUGUUACUACUAGGAGAAGGACUGGAGAGCCGCCAGUUGCUUCAUGGUUUGAGCUCAAGACACUCAUGAAGAAGCGGUUUGUUCCAAACCACUAUGGUAGAGAGAUUCAUCAAAAGCUGAGGAGACUUACCCAAGGAACCAAAGGCGUGGAGGAUUACUAUCAAGAGAUGGAAAUACUCAUGAUCAAAGCGGCUGUUGAAGAAGCUUCUGAAGCUACUAUGGCUCGAUUUCAGGCUGGGCUUAACAGAGACAUCCAGGACCGCUUGGAGAUGCAGGAGUAUGAGGACAUCUAUGAAUUGCUUCACAAAGCAAUCCUCAUUGAGCAGCAACUGAAGAGAAAGUCCUCAACCAAAGGAUCCUAUGGCAACAACUACAAAGCGCCUACUACCAAAGAUGACAAGUCUUUUGUGAAACCCAAGGAAGAGCAUGAGGACAAGGGAAAGGCACCAGCUGCUAGAUCCAGGGAUGUGAAGUGCUUCAAAUGUCAUGGUUUUGGGCACUAUGCCAAUGAGUGCACCAACAAGAAAGCAAUGAUCCUCUUGGACAGUGGUGAGGUGAUAUCCGAAGAAGAAGAGGAAGCCAUAGACUAUCCAGUUCGUGGAGAACUACUUGUCACAAGGAGAUCAUUGGCAGUACAAUCCAAGCUAGAUGAAGAUAAUCAAAGGGAGAAUCUUUUUCAUACUCGUUGCAUAGUUUAUGAAAAAGUAUGCAGUUUGAUUAUAGAUGGAGGAAGCUGUACUAAUGUUGCUAGUGAAGCUCUUGUAGAAAAGCUUGGAUUGAAAACAGGGAAGCAUCCUAGGCCAUACCUUCUACAAUGGUUGAAUGAGGAGGGCGAGCUGAAGGUCACUGAUCAAGUAAUGGUUCCUAUAACCAUUGGAAGAUACCAAGAUGAGAUCGUGUGUGAUGUUCUGCCCAUGGACUCUAGCCAUAUCUUGUUGGGAAGGCCUUGGCAGUAUGAUAGAAGAGUCAUUCACGAUGGGUUCACUAACCGGCAUUCCUUCACCCACAGAGACAAGAAGAUUGUACUGGCACCUUUGUCUCCACAAGAGGUACAUGAGGAUCAACUUCAACUAAAACUUAGGCGACAAGAAGCUAAAGAGAAACCAGCUGACAAGCAAAAGAAGGAGACUAAUCUCUUAGCCAAGGGUAGUGAGAUCAAGAAAGCUUUGUGUCUUCAACAAUCUAUGCUUUUAUUUGUUUUUAAAGGUGCACUAAUGUCUUCUUCUGACCCUGCACCGGUUCUACCGAGUGAACUUGAGUUUCUUUUGCAGGACUAUGGUGAUGUCUUUCCAGACGAGAGCCCAAAAGGACUUCCUCCCAUGCGUGGGAUUGAACACCAAAUAGACUUGGUCCCUGGAGCUUCUCUCCCAAACCGCCCUGCCUAUAGAACCAACCCUGAAGAAACAAAAGAGCUACAGAAGCAAGUAGAUGAGCUCAUUGAGAAAGGACAUAUCCGAGAGAGCAUGAGCCCUUGUGCAGUACCAGUGCUCCUUGUGCCUAAGAAGGAUGGAAGCUGGCGCAUGUGUGUAGAUUGCAGAGCCAUCAACAAUAUCACUGUAAAGUACAGACACCCUAUUCCUAGACUUGAUGAUAUGUUGGAUGAGCUACAUGGUUCUUGUGUGUUCUCUAAGGUAGAUUUAAAAAGUGGAUAUCAUCAGAUUAGGAUGAAAGAAGGGGAUGAAUGGAAAACAGCCUUUAAAACUAAACAUGGUCUGUAUGAGUGGCUUGUUAUGCCAUUUGGUCUUACCAAUGCCCCUAGCACUUUCAUGAGGUUGAUGAACCAUGUCUUGAGGUCUUUUAUAGGACACUUUGUUGUAGUUUAUUUUGAUGAUAUUUUGAUCUACAGCAAGAGUAUGGCUGAGCAUGUGCAUCACUUGAAAUCUGUGUUAGAAGUGCUUAGGAAAGAAUCCUUGUUUGCUAACUUUAAGAAAUGCACUUUUGGGACAGAUCACCUUGUUUUUCUAGGAUUUGUUGUAACAGCACAGGGAAUCAGAGUGGAUGAGGAAAAGGUUAAAGCUAUCCGAGACUGGCCUAGUCCUAAGAGUGUGAGCGAGGUGAGAAGUUUCCAUGGUCUUGCCGGCUUUUAUAGAAGAUUUGUGAAGGAUUUUAGCACCAUAGCUGCACCACUCACUGAAGUCAUCAAGAAGGAUGUGGGUUUCAAGUGGGAGAAGGCGCAAGAGGAGGCUUUUCAAAACCUGAAAGGGAAGUUGACUAAUGCUCCUUUGCUAGUUCUUCCAGAUUUUACUAAGACCUUUGAAAUUGAAUGUGAUGCUUCUGGUGUAGGUAUUGGAGCUGUGCUGAUGCAGGAGAAGAGACCCAUAGCAUAUUUCAGUGAGAAACUAAGUGGAGCCAUGCUGAACUACCCAACUUAUGACAAGGAACUCUAUGCUUUGAUUAGAGCACUCCAAACUUGGCAGCACUCUCUCUGGCCAAAGGAGUUUGUUAUACACACUGAUCAUGAGUCCUUGAAACACCUGAAGGGACAGCACAAGCUCAACAAGAGACACGCCAGAUGGGUAGAGUUCUUGGAAACCUUUCCUUAUGUGAUUCACUAUAAACAAGGUAAAGAAAACAUUGUGGCUGAUGCACUCUCCAGAAGGUAUACUCUUUUCACUUCUAUGGAAGCUAAGCUGUUAGGUUUUGAAUAA